ACUUCUUUCCUGUAUCACCACCACCAACUAGGUCUUCCAUGUUUUGUUCGCCAAUUGUUUUCAGUUGUCCCCCUUGGUAAAACCCAUUUUCUUGAUCUUUCCAAAUUUCAGAAAACCAGGGUAAUCCAUGGUGAAACAGAAAGGUUUGAUCCGGGAUUAGAAUCCCAGAGGAGGGAAAAAAGAAGAUGUUUUGGAGAUUAUUAGGAACGGUUUGUCCUCAUGGGUGUAUGAGAAGUAUUGGUGGGUUGGCAGUGUUUCGUUUAGGUCGGUUAUUCUGUAUAAGUUAGAAGAUCUUCUAGAAUUGUUUUUGUCCGAAGAGAAGAGUCUGCUUUGCUGGGAAGCAUGUCUUUUGACUCCAGCAUGGCUGGUAGGAAUCAGUGAGUUGGUAACAGGGUGGAAGGAGAAACAUCUCCGUGUGAAUCACGAGAAACGAUUUGUUAUGGUGGAUUGUAUUCUUUGUUUUUUGGUUGUUCCACGGAAACAGUUCUUUUGAAAACAUCUUGGUGAAUCAGAUCCGCUUGGUUUUAGAGUAGAAACUCUGAUCUCGAAAGAUUUAUGGUUUCUUGUGUUUGGGGCUGCUUCAGCGUGACAGGAAGCUAAGGAUAACUCCCUCCUAAUCAAGAUAUUGUUGUCCCUUGUCGGGCUUCUUUCCCUUAUCCUUUACAUUCCUCAAUCAGAACUGAAUAACAAGAUUUCGAGAAAGUUCUAUGAUUCAGGCACAAAUGGGGAAGAUAUAGAGAAAAAGAACAUUUUUUGCAGCUCGUCCUGUCCAAGCUACAGGUGAGUCGAAUUUGUGAUCAAGGAAAGAAAGGAAGCCCGUUGAC